AAAUAAAAUCGCAUAAAUUUUGAGUAAUUUAAUGUUUUAAAGUGGACAAAUCAAUCAAUUAAGGGUGGACUAGGUUGUUAGGUAUAAGUGGAAAGUUUAAAUUUACCUAUUUAAAUUAAAUUGAUAUUUACUUUUCUUAAAAAAUAUCAACUUAAGUUGUUUACUAUAACGAUACUGUUUUUUAACAGUUAACAGUAAUAUCAUUGUGGGAAUAAAUUAUCAGUUACGAUGUCUGAUGCCGACACAAAAGAUGCCGUCGAAAACGAAUAUGUUGAGGAUGAAUCUAAUAAACUCUUGAUAAAAUGCAAAUUUUGUGGUUCUAAAAUUCUAGAACGGAAAUCUGGAAAAUUUGUUAUAAAAGAGAUUGAUUUACCACUAAUGGAACAAGAUAAAAGAGCAGAGGCGAAAGUGCAAUAUGAAAAAAUUAAUCAAUUUUUCUUUGUAGAAAACAUGUAUACUUUUGAAAACAUAGGUUUUACACAUACAAUAGAUAAUUGUAAGUAUUUAAGUUGUGCCGAUUGUGAUGCGGGGCCUGUUGGCUACUAUAAUAUGGACACAAAACAUAGUUAUGUAGCUUUGUCUAGGGUUAAACAUGAAUAAAAUUAAACAUAUAUAUAUUAUAAAGUAAGACUAUCUCAAAUUCAGCUAUCCUAUUAUGAAUAUACCGGAU